AUGGGUUUACCAGGUCUAACGCCCGUACACUUCUUCUCUCAUGGUUCUACGCGCAUGCUAGAAGCCGAGACGGAGUCUGGAAAUUACUGGGCCAAGUGCGGCCAGGAAGCUCUCGCACACAAUGUGAAAGGAAUUGUCAUGAUGGGUGCACAUUGGGCUUGUCUCGGUGACAAGAUCGAGGUUGCCACGAACCCCAACCCUGGCAAGAGCCCUUGCCCUUAUGUUACGCCAUCGCUAUAUCUGGACUGGAAACCUAACCCCGACCUGGCGACCGCUGAACGCUGCAUAUCGAUGCUCAAGGCAGAUGGCUUCAAUGUUGGUCCCAACCCCAAUUUCGACUGGAUACACGACACAUUUCUCAUCUUGAUCAAGAUGUUUCCCGACUUCUCGAAGUGUCCUCCAGUCACAAUCGUGUCGAUGAACGCACGCUUCGACCCGCACUAUCACGUCAAAGUCGGCGCGACGCUUCGUCCGCUCCGGAAGGAAGGAUAUCUCCUGAUAGGCACCGGUGGUGCCGUGCAUAACCUUUACCGAAACGCCUGGACAGACAUGAUACUUUAUCGUGAGUCUCUGGGUCAGGAGCGCCCUCCUGAGGCCUGGGCGCUUGAGUUCCGGCAGGCGACUGAAGACGUUGUAACCAGAAACCGUGGACCUGAUUUGCGGAAAGCCAUGAUCAGGUUGAUGCAACAUCCGGCCUACCGCCAGGCGCAGGCCACAGAUGAUCACUUCAUGCCUGCGAUGUUCGCCGCUGGAGCAGCUGGCGACUUGGAGGACCGAGCGCAUGCUAAUGUGCUUGCCGCUGAAACUUGGGAAUUGAUCAACAUGUGCAACUCCCAGUUUACUUUCGGUUCCUACCAGGCAAGCGCAGACACAUCCCGCAAGAUGUUGGCCAAGCCGCACAAGGUAGCUUCUCCGGCCAUUGCAGUUGCUGCCUCAGCCUGA